UGUGGCCAUGGGCGCUCCACCCAGCACCACCACCACGGCACCCGGCUCCACCACCUCCUCCUCCUCCUCAAACCCCACCACCACCCCUCCCGCACGCCUGCCUCCACCUCCACUCCGCUCCCGAUGGCGGCCAUCACCACCACAGCCGCGGCCGCCUCGUCCUCCUUCCUCCGGCGCCGCCCCGGCGCCGCCCACCACCCGCUCGCCGCCUCCCUCCGUGCGUGCCACCACCGCUACAGGCUCGCCUGCCGCGCCGCCGAGGUGUCCGGGGCCGAGCCCUCCGCCGCGCCGGCCGCGGCAGCGGAGGCGCCUGGAGGGGGAGGCGCGUCGUGGGUGCCGGUCGUGCCGCUGGUGGCGCUGCCGCGCGGGGAGCGCCGCGUGAUCGUGCAGGACGGGGAGGAGAUCCUGCUGCUCUGGUACAAGGACCAGGUCUUCGCCAUCGAGAACCGCUCGCCGGCCGAGGGCGCCUACACCGAGGGCCUCCUCAACGCCAAGCUCACGCAGGAUGGCUGCAUUGUUUGCCCAUCAACAGACAGUACAUUUGAUCUUCGCACUGGGGAAAUAAAGGAAUGGUAUCCCAAAAACCCUGUUCUCAGGGCUCUUACACCUGCUUUAAGGAAACUAUUCACUUACCGUGUGAAAACAGACGAUGAAAACAUCUACAUCAGCAUCAGUGGGGCUGACAGCACAGGGUCUGCUGAGAUUAUAUUCAGUGGGAAAGCUCAACCUGGGGUUACUGCAUCAGAUGUCAAUGUGGAAGAGGUGAGAAUGAUAGUUGAUGAGGAUGUUGGAGGAUUCGGUUUCACCAGCGCCAAUGAACUUAUCAACGGAAAAGCUGCUAUAAUCGGCUUUCUCUUAUUGAUAGAUUUUGAACUUUUAACUGGCAAGGGUCUUCUCAAGGGAACUGGUUUCUUGGACUUCAUCUAUGCAGUAUCAGGAGCUUUCAACUGAUGAAUAUGUUAGUUCUUUCAUGGUGGAAUGUUAUAAAGAUCACAACCCAUUGUGAUAAACUAAACUGUCCAGAGCCUGAUUGUUGUUCGUAUGACAGACAGAUCGUGGGAAAAGUAAAAGUGGAUGUUGCGCAAUACAGGAACAUGGAUGGUUAUAUAUAACAAUGGGUCACAGGAAAGAAAAAAGGGCUAGUGUUGAACAGGUUGAUUGGUGAAUUUUCCUUGUGUCUCUGGGUCAUGCUGUAAUGGUGCUGAGUGUCAUGGCAACUUCUCAAACAAGCUUCAACCUGUUUAGGAGAUCGCACAUUUCUCAAUAGUGUUGGAUGGUGAGGUUGUUAUAUGCCACGUCAAUGAUGUUGAUUAUUACCAUCAUGGUGCAAAUUAUGAUGCUUAUUUUUCUGCUGCUAUCCGUAGCACUAGUAUGCUGUUCUCGUUGGUGGCAGAUGGAGCCUCACCUCCUCCCACUUCUCUUGUUGCUUCUCCUCAUAUUUUUGUUAACCCCUUUCCUACAUUUCUGGAUCUUUAGGAAUUAAAGGUACUUCGCGGUUCACAUAUAAGGGGAAAAGAUUAUAACUGCAGGUUUCAUGUAUGCUAAUCACCUCACCCCCACCAUCAUUUUCAUGUAAACACAGCUCAUUCUGAGAGUUCCCAGCUUCUUUAUGUUAUCUAGCAGACAGCCUAGGAUUGGGCUGUAAUA